UUCAUUUCCCAAGACCUUUGAGACGAUGCACCUGCCUGCCUUGGUCUGUGUUGUAUUUCACCUGUCAGCCGUGAUCCAGUCGGCUGCAGUCGAGCAGGACACUGGUGUUGUAUCGGCCACCGUUGGGGACAACGUGACUCUACACUGCUCCUACGACAGUCAGGUGUUGAUGCACUUCUCCUGGUACAGACAGACCUUAGGAUUCAGGCCGGAGCUCCUGUCUAGUGUUUACAGACAUGAUGAGCCGUCUAAAGUCUUCCACUGGUUGGAGGAGAAUCCUCGUUUCUCUGUGCGGAGGGAGGAAGGGAAGAAUCAUUUACACAUCUCUGACGUCCAACUCUCAGAUUCGGCUUCGUACUUCUGCGGAGGAUCGCACUCCAACAUGUUGGAUUUUGGAGAGGGGGUCUUUUUAAGUGUCAGAGGAGCCAGACUCCAGGAACACCAGGACAUUGUCCAGGGGCCUGUAUCUGAGACCGUUCCCCUACGAGGCUCUGUGACUCUCAACUGUACAGUUCUCACUGGGACCUGUGAUGGAGAACACAACGUUUACUGGUUCAGACACGGGUCUCGCCACGGCAUCCUUCACACACACAGUGAUCAGUGUGAACGCACCUCUGUACCGGGGUCUCCCUCACACAGCUGUUCAUACCACCUGCAGAGGACCAACCUCAGGGCCUCUGACGCCGGGACCUACUACUGCGCCGUGGCCUCCUGUGGCGAGAUACUGUUCGGCAGCGGUAGCGAGCUGCUGAUCCCAGACGACCAAACGGCACAGAUGAGAACCUUGGUUUGGCUCUCCAUCAUUAGAACUGGGAUUCUCUUGCUCUGUCUCACAGUGUGUCUCUUGGUUUACUUCACAAAGAGCUCAGUUCGUCCUUAAAGCUCUGACUUCAGCCGGUUAUUUCAACUUAAAGGUUCAGUGUGUACGAUUUGGGGGAAAGGGAUCUAUUGGCAGAAAGUGAAUAUAAAAGAAUCCUACUGAUGUUUUCACUUGUGUGGUUCAUCUAAAUUGUACUAAUUGCUCUUUUCUUUAUCCUAGAAUUGGUCCUUUUAUAUUCAAAAUAUAUGACUUUAUGAACAUAUUUCUUCCCCACAUGAAGUCACAUCACAAGUAGAAGCUUCAAGCUUCAUCGUGCAUGAGGCUCCUCCGGUGGUCGUCCCUGUUCUCUGUUUCAGCCACGUGACGCCACGCUGCUUCACAGCGACCAAUGUGAGCUGAUCACUUCUUCAAACACCACUAGAGAAACCGAAAGUGAGAAAAAACAGGUGACAUCAUCAGGGUGGAGAAAACAUUCUGCAUAUACAUGACCCAGAAAAAACGACGUUUGAUUAGACUUGUAAAGUUGGUGGAAAUUGCCUUAAAAUGAAUUACAGAUUGUUAACCCUCCCUUACGGUGCAGUGAACAAACCAACCUCAAGCUACUGAUCUGGGGACAUCCUGUUUCAAACCGCAGAGAAACAAACAAGAGGGUCUGAGAACUUUUCUGUUGUUGCCUCUUACACCUUGUGACAGAAAGUUGAAUUAUCCACCGACGUAGAAUUCUCUCUGGCCUUUCAUGUGCACAUAUCGUAUACUAGUGCAAUGCCUGUUCUAAACAUGCGUGUUUGGAGUGAGCUGUUCGCUUGUGAUGCAAUGAAGCUGUUGUGCAUCCGUGAUGAUGCAGAUUGUGUUUUUUUGUACCAAUUUUACAGUCCGUGUCAAUAAUCAUGUGAAUUUGCUGUAUUGCUAUCACCUUUGUGAUUCAUUCAUAAGUUUGAAUUAUUUACUUUACUUGUUAUUUUUUCAGACUGUAUAUUUCGGCUAUUUUACAACCUUCAGACAGCUCAGUAUAAAGCAUUACAGCAACCUAAAUAAACACUGUUCUUAAAAAAAGAAAAAAAGAA